CCUGAUCCUCAUCGUCGAGGUAAACUUGUCGCUUCUCGGAUCUUCUUCUUUUUUCUUCGGAAUUGGAUGAAUCGUAGAAUCGGAAUGCAAUGCACCGACCACUUCGAACCGGGCAGGUAGAAUAAAAAGAUGAUACAAUUAAAAUGGAAAUGGCUAGGCGUCCCCUCAGACACUGGACGCCUGCGACUACGACGUUUCUAUGCCGCACGGAUGCACGUCCAGACGAAUGAAGAGACUGUCAGUAUUGUAAUGCAAUUGCACAGUUGAAGCCGGCCAGGCGGCCACCACGCUUUUCAAAAAUAUAAUCGAGGUGACGUAACAUCCGAGACGAGAGGAGACACGUCCGACCCCCUCGAGUAGUCUCACGAGACUCAUGUUUACAUGGUUAAUGCACCUGUUAAAGAAACGUCGACAAUGGGUGCGUUCCACAUAACGCUCGUAACGCUCAGAUCGCUCUUCGUGCUAUUCCACUUAUCGUCCACGACGCCAGCGGACGCUAUAAGUGAACAACUUCAGGUGAUAAAAAUGAACGCUCACAACGCCCGCACUAAGGAGACACUGUGCAUCUCCAGAAGCUGUACGCAGAAAUUGCAAGAUGAAGAUAGCCAGCUUCGCGGGAAUUUUAUUGUUCCUUGAAGCUUACUCGCUCGUUAAUGCAAUUAACAAACAGAAUCCUGGCACUCUUAACAAUAGCUAUCCUGUGAUAGUGAUCACCUGGGAUUACAAAGAUGCAAUGGAAAAAGCAUGGGAUGUAAUACAUAAUCAGAAGAGAAGUGCUCUAGAUGCGAUAGAAGAAGGAUGUUCUCUGUGCGAGGAGCAGCAAUGCAGGAAGACUGUGGGAUUUGGCGGCAGUCCGGAUGAAUCUGGAGAAACUACGCUAGAUGCUAUAAUUAUGGAUGGAACAACGAUGGAUGUAGGAGGAGUAGGAGGACUGCGGAAUGUGAAGAAUGCCAUUUCGGUUGCUCGCAAAGUGCUGGAACACACAAAGCAUUCCUUAUUGGUUGGGAGCUUGGCAACAGAUUUUGCUGUGAAUAUGGGAUUCAAGCAGGAAUCUUUGCAAACAGACGAGUCCAAGGAGAUGUGGACACAGUGGAAGACAAACAAAUGUCAACCCAACUUUUGGAAGAAUGUUGUACCGAAUCCAAUAAGUAGCUGUGGACCAUAUCGCCCGAACAACAUAGAAGAUGACGAAAACGUGCUAACAGGAAACGAGGAAAAUCAUGACACGAUCGGUAUACUCGCGAUAGACUCACAGAAACGAGUAGCAGCUGGAACAUCCACGAAUGGCGCCAAGUAUAAAAUACCAGGACGCGUUGGGGAUUCGCCUAUCGCAGGAGCUGGCGCAUAUGCCGAUCAGGACGUCGGUGCAGCUGCCGGUACCGGCGACGGAGAUAUUAUGAUGCGAUUUUUGCCGAGCUUUCUAGCGGUAGAAGAAAUGCGUAAUGGUGCACCGCCAAACAUUGCUGCUAAGAAGGCGAUAAGCAGAAUCGCUCAGCAUUAUCCUAACUUCUUCGGCGGGGUGAUCGCGUUGAACAACAAAGGAGAAUACGGAGCGGCGUGUAACGGAAUGUUGGGGUUUCCUUAUUAUGCUGCAAAUCCUACUUUAGGCCCUAAGUUAUAUUUCGUUCAAUGCAGCAAUUAUCCGCAAUAUGAUGGAUAUGACGAAACUUGUUAAUUUGCAUAUCUGUUCAAACUUCAAAGUGAUAAUUAUUCAAGUUUAUUUACCUUCAUAAAAUAAAAGAACAGAGGCUUAAGAAUUAAUUUGAGAUAUAAUCUUGUUAUUCAUGAAUUUUAAACUACAUUAAACUUGACAUAGAAAAUAUACGAAAAAAUGUUGAUAUAAUAUAUAAAUAUCAGUUGUCAACAAAAAAGUCGCACCCGAGGUCGCACCAGUCGAUAAUUGUUUCAUAACUUUGAGUUAAGAACAAAUUAAAGACCUUUUACAAGAGAUGUUAAUUAUAACAGAAUUUAAAAAGUUUCACAUUACUUUUUCUCUAUUUAUAUUAUGAAUUAGUUAUCUAAAUUCUGGUUCCAUACGAUCAUCUUUGGUAGUACUUUGAUGCGCUAAUAUCUUUUUGGAUAUUUUGUACGAUUGAACACGUAUAGGCUCUAUAUAGAAAAAACACGCAGUCUAGAUUGGUCUAGAUGUCUAGGUUUGACCUAUUGAAGCGAUCUAUUACAGUUUUAUUAUGUUUUUUACAUGUAUUAAACCUUAAAUUCGUUAAAAUGGGUAGAUCGGGCAAACGAUAAAGUACGAAUUUUGCAAGUAACAAGUUGGAGACAGUAAUUGAAAUCAUAGCGUUGGUGAGAGUAAUUGAUUUCAAUAAAGCAAGGAAGUCGUGAUACAAUCGGUAUAGUCGUAAUAGACGCACAGAGACGUAAGGUAGCCGUCCACAAAUGGUGUCAACCAUAAGAUAUCUGGUUGUGUCGGGAAUUCUCCUGUUGUAGGAGGCGGUGCAUAUGCUGAUCAGGAUGUUGGUACCGGUGAUGAAGAUAUUAUGAUGUGAUUUUUGCUGAGUUUCCUAGCAGUGGAGGAAAUGCGUCGUGGAGUACAGCCGUCGCAAGUUGCUAGUAACGCGAUUCUGAGAAUUUCAACUAUCAUUAUUCUAACUUUUUCGGUGGGAUAGUCACGUUGAACAAACUGAGAGAAUACGGAGCAGCAGGUAACGGAGAGGAUAUAUUUCCUUACACCAUCACAAGUUCUACUUUAAGCCCUAGAGCUACUUUCAGUUCCAUGCAAUAAUCCGCAGUGUUAUAAGAAUGAUACUUGUCAAAUUUUUCAAUGAUACUAAAUAAUGUACAGUACUCAUUG